ACAUUAGUUUUCGAAAAACGUUUUCAAUAAAAAUAAAUAAAUAAAUAUUUUUACAAAACUUUGUUUUUAGUUUUUAUUAUCUAAAAAGACACGAAUCUAUUGAUUAGAAGAUAUCCUUUAUAAUCAACAGUUAUGACCAUCGAUGACAAGUCGUCGCCACCAACUGUACUAACAAUACUUCACUUUAAUGACUGCUAUAACGUAGAUCCGCGCGAAUUGGAGCCGUCGGGUGGCGCGGCCAGAAUGGUGACGGCUUUUAAUGCACAUCGACAACAAUGCAAUCCAUUGAUCCUCUUCAGCGGUGAUAUAAUGGCGCCGUCGAUCAUGAGCACAUUCACCAAAGGCGACCAAAUGAUACCCGUUUUGCGGUCACUGGCCGUGGAUUGUGCACUGUUUGGAAACCAUGACUUCGACUUUGGUAUUGAACAUCUCAAGUCAUUUGCGACCAGAACUGCCAUACCAUGGCUUAUGUCCAAUGUAUUUGAUCCACAAACUGAUCGUCCAUUAGCUGAUGGCCUGAUAUCGCAUAUUGUCCACAAAAAUGACAAAAAAAUAGGUAUAAUAGGUUUGGUUGAGGAACAGUGGGUUACAGAUCUAAUUGACGAUCCGUUUACAUAUAAAGACUUUAUAUCGGAAGGCAGAAAACUGGCCAAACAUUUGAAAGAAACAGAAAAUGUAGACUUUGUAAUAGCAUUAACACAUAUGCGUUGGCACAAUGACUAUCGUUUAGCCGAAAAUGUCGACGAAAUUGAUCUAAUACUCGGCGGCCACGAUCACGACCAUAAGAUUACUUGUGUGGCUAAUAAAUGGUGCAUUAAAAGUGGUACAGAUUUUCGGCAAUUCAGCAAAAUCGAUGUCGAGUUUACCUCUGAUGAUAAUCAUCAACAAAAAUAUCAAAUUAAAUGUCGAGAAAUACGUGUGAAUUCAUACGAUUUUACAGAAGAUCCGGAUCUGAAAGCCAAACUAAGGAAAUACUCGACUAUUGUUGACAAACAAUUGGACACCGAGUUGGGUGUUAUCAAUGAAUCAUUAGACGCCCGAUUCUCGGCCAUCAGAUGUCGGGAAACAAAUUUAGGAAACUUUAUCUGUGAUAUCGUAUUAGUCACUACCGGUGCCGAUGCUGUUGUCCUGAAUUCCGGUACGUUUCGUAGCGACCAAAUACAUCCGAGUGGUUCGUUUAAAAUGGCAGAUUUGGUACGUAUCUUACCGAUGAUGGACGGACUGGUAGUUUUAACAGUUACGGGUCGACAGCUGUGGCAAACACUCGAGUGCGCUGUAGCUCAUUGGCCAAUACUGGACGGUAGCUUUGCACAGGUCUCACGAAUUAACUAUGCUUUUACACCAAACCGACCCGUCGGGUGUCGAGUGGAUCCUAAAUGUGUUUUAAUUGGAGGACAACCUCUAGAUUUAGAUAAAAGUUAUCGUUUAGUAACCAAAGAUUUUCUAUUCAAAGGAAAAGACGGUUAUUCUGUACUCAAAGAAUGCGAACCAUUAGUCACAGAAGAGAUUUGUACUAAUCUUUUUGAUUUAGUUAAGAAGUAUUUUGAAUCUGUGGCUAAUCUGACCACUGAUUCCGAGUCUAAUACUCAAAGUCUGGUCUGUAGUGUUAGUCAUCCAAUGGCUUCUCCUAAUCCAAGCCAUGAUCUCAUUGCAAGUGAAUAUCAAUUACGCAAAUAUGAGCCAAAACUUGACGGACGUAUCACUGUUUUAAUCGAUAAUAGUGUUUAA